GCGUUUGGGAAAUUCAAAGGAAAAUAUUUACCGCUAGCCACCCGCCAUCGUAUUGCGUGUACAAAAGGGGCGUGUGCGUGCGCCAGUGUGUGUGUGUGUGUUGGGCCAGGGGGAAUUGAAAGUGUAGUUUCCCAGUUGGGCGCUCAAGGAAAACAUGCAAAAUACUAAAAGUUAAAGAAGUGCCUUUAUAAGUUACCCAUUUUCCUAACAUUACUUGGCCCGACAUUAUGUCAGUCGUCCUAAACUUACGAUCAAAAAUAUAUAAACAUAAACUAAAGGGUUCAGUGCCUGUUUAAAUGCAUGUUUAACAAAAAAUUACAUAAAUUGAUAGUUGCCUAAGAAGGCAAUAAAGGCCAAGUUAUGAGUCUAAUUAUGUGAAAAGGCAUACCCCAGGAAAAUAUUCCUCUUGAGAAGUGCACGAAAUGCGCCAAAAUUCUGCGAAGUUCACCUUCACCCAGUGUACGAGUAUAUGACAUGCAUAUGAAAAAUCGAUACUAGAAGCAUCAGCAGUUGCACCGCUCCACCGUCUCUCCAACUGAGCCACGAAAAACGCAGCACCCAGGGGGAGGUGGUCCAAUAAGCCCAAACAUCAGACAGUUCGACAGGAACUGGGGCAGGAAUCCCCUUGACAUGGUUGACGCCAAGCCGCAGCCACCCACUCCGGGAGCGAUGCCGGGAACGGGAACUGGGACGCCACCGGCUGGCUUUGCCGGGGAGCGGUCGAAAAUCAAAUUGUUCAUGGAACGUACUCCCAGCAUCGGGGCCCUCAAGUCCAAGUUCCUCACAGUGCUGGGCAACAGCAACGAGCUGCUCAACGGAAUAUCAAACAAGCUGACCCUUAGCAGCAGCAGCAGUGAUUCGGACUAUUGUGAUGAUGACGAGGAAAUACCAAAGUUUGACGAGACCAUUGAUUAUACCAAGAUCGACUUUGAAGGGCGAAGAGUGAAGGCUCGCCGAGCGCACGAGGAGAUUAUCUCCGGACGAUAUCGCCAGCCCAAUUUGGCGCCACGUCCGCGCUUGGAACCAUCACGUGGCCGACAUGCGGCCAGCAAACUAGGGGGACCACUCCGCUCCAGCUCCGGCUCUUCGAGCAGCUCCAGCAGCAGCGACGAUAGCAGUUCGAUGUCCCUGCCCGAGCACAUGGCCAAUAGAUCCCAUGACGUUAGCAGCACCACCCGCUCGGAUUCGAUAGAGUCACGGCACUCCGGCGGAUAUGAGAGGGCCAGGGCGAUUGCCGGAGCUCGUCGCAGCGAGAUGGACAUGCAGAGGGAUGUGCAGAGGAUCGGCGAGGUAGUAGAGCCCCAGCCGCCGCACAUCGACGUGCAGCCGCCCACGGAAGGUGGGAUGGGGGGAGCGGGAUCCGGAGGACGUCAGCAGUGGGGAGGAGGUAGCAACUCCAUGCGCCUGCCGUCACGAAGUCGAGCCUCCAACAGCAGUACUUUGACCAGCCUGCGGGAUGAGCCGGACCAGCUGUUGGCCAGUCCCAGCAUGGAGUCCACGGACUGGCGGCAUUUUAUCCGCUCAGAAUCGCAGAACUCGGUUCCGUCGUGGGCCUCUUCUAUCAGCCUCGAUUGUCGAGCGGGCGAGGAGCCAGUCAAGGAGUUUAUGAAACAUUUUACCGCUCUUCUUUUCGGUGGAUCACCAGGUGCCGUCGAUCUGGAGCUAAAGUCGGAGUUCGGGGUGCUGUUACGGCUAGAGAUUGGGCUAUGGUUCACCCGCUUCCUCACCGAGCAGCGUCACAAGUCCAAGCGGCUUGACUCGGUCACGUUCGGUGGUCUGGCCCAAUAUUUCGCCUUGGCCCUAUUCGAGUGCAGCGAAUGCGAGGAUUAUGGCCCGGCGGCGGUGCUAAUGAACCUUUGCUUCCUCUUCUACCACGAAGUCGAGGUUCCCGGCUGCGAUCCCUACCGCGAGUACCUGUUCUCCUCGCUGCGCCAACAGCCCAUCUGGCAACAGGCGCGCUUUUGGAAUGCCAUCUUCCACGACGCCCUGCAGGCGGAACGUGAGCACCGGGGUCAGAGCCAGAUGAGGCGCCAAAAGCGCCGCCAGCAGAAGCAGCAGCAGCGGCAGGCAGCCGGAGGAGCGGGUUCUGGAACAGGAACUGCAGAUGUGGCAUCUACCAAGUCGCAGCGAAAACAGGGCGGCGACUCCUCGUCCAGUUCCUCGCAUCAGGCGGUACAACCGGCCGCUGCCGCGACUCCGGCCUCCACUGGUUCCAAUCCGGCCAACAGGAGACAGAGCAAGACCAGUCUCACCCAGGCGCAGUCAGUCAGGGAGCAGGAGGACAUUGCAUUUCGGCAGCUUGGUGCCUUGACUUGCAACAUGCACUCACUCGGCACAUCCCAAGAACUGUGCCUUGAUUUCCUGAAAAAGAAUGUGGUGGCCCUCAACCUAUCCAAGGAUAAAGCCAAACUUAUCAGAGACAAUAUCUAUCGAAUGUACCAUGAGACGCAACUUUGGGGAGCACGACAUGCCUGAGGUGAUCUCAACGAUCCUAGUCCCUAAUAACUGAUAUACCCUAUGUUUAACUUGUAAUUCACAGCAGUAACAAUUGUACAUGUACCUAACGAAAUCGUGUUUCAAUCUUCGUCUCAACUAAAGCUAAACUUUUGUCUUAAGUCAGCCGACAACUCCAAGCUAAUCCUAACUUAAAGUAGCAGGUCAAUGAAGUUUAUAUCGGAAAUCUGAUGUUUUUACUCGCGUUGUUGUAACCGUAAAGAUAUUACAGAGGUAAGGAUUCUUGUAACUGGAUUUGGUAUACUCUAUUGUUACAUUGGGAAUUGCCUGUUCAAAAGACAUAAAUGAUUUCUGCAAACGUUCUUUAAUUAAAGAGACCUGAUUGCUUAAUUCGGAAUUGCAUAUCAAAAACACGUUCUGAAUCAAAGCCAGUUACAAGAAUACCAUUACUGCAAAAGGUAAGAGAACAUUUAAACAAAUACUGAUGUGUACAUGUAUCCAUAAAUUGUGAUAAUAAUAUUUUGUGAUUACUUUAUAUAGACCUAAAUAUUAACGUGUACCGGAAUUAUGCAAUGCAAAUAGUUAAAAUAUCGCAGUUUAAAUUGUUACAAAUCAAAAUCAAUAACUAUGCUAUAACUAUGUUUAUGAUGUAAGAGAUAAUAUUUCGCAAUUGUUUAAUACAUUCAAAUCAAUAAAAGUCUAAUUAAAUCCAA